CUGAGCUGAGUCACCAGCAGCUUUUUGACCAGCAGCUUUUUGACCAGCAGCCUGUUCACCAGCAGCUUGUUCACCAGCAGCUUGUUCACCAGCAGCCCGUUGACUGGUUCUCUCACAGAACUCAUCCACUGAUCAGCCUCAGUCACAACCUGCAGCUUUUUCUUUAUUCGAGCUCCUGAGAACCUGGUUCCAGCAGCAGCGUCUCACAGGUCACCAUUUUCCAUCUUUGAGCGGUUUUCCACCUGAAGUCGGAGAAAAUGGCAUCAAUUCCAUCAACUGGUUCUCUCAUCGCCACCCAUGACUACUACAGAAGACGAAUCGGCUCCACCUCCAGCAACAGCUCCUGUGGCAGCGCCGAGCACACGGGGGAGGUCAUUCCACACCACCCAGGACUUCCAAGGCAAGACUCCGGCCACUGGUGGACUUCAUUUUUCUUUGCAAAGCAGAACCAGCCCGGCAUGCAGAACGGAUCUGAGAGUCAAAAGAACAAAACCUACACAGUGGCCGACGGUCAGGUGACCUGCAUCGCCCGGGAAAUGGUUCUGAACAGACAAGUCAGCGAAAACAGCGAAAACGGAAAGUCUGAGUCAAGGACUCCAACUUCCUCCUAGAAUCCACCUUCCCGCCCUGUGACCUCCGACACCUCAGCUCCUUCACCCUCAGCUCCUUCACCCUCAGCUCCUUCACCCUCGACUCCUUCACCCUCAGCUCCUUCACCCUCAGCUCCUUCACCCUCGACUCCUUCACCCUCACAUAGUCCAGCGCUGGAGAUGAUGCUGGAGAUGAUGAGGGUGUUUUUUUAUCUAUUAAAUAGAACUUACUUUUGCUUUUUGCCUCCGUAUAGUAUGUCUAUGUUUUAAUACGACCAAAAAAAAAAAAAACUAAAGUGUGUAAAAAGUUUGUUUUUCAUUUUAUUUCUCUCGUAACUUGACACUGUUUGAUAAUGACAAAUAAAAUGCUUGAAGUCAGGA